AUGGAAGCUGCUCGUGAAGGUUCGGGAACCUCUGUUCCCCAACCUCAUGCACUAGAAGAGGUUAGAGAACCUGUCUCGAAUCAAUAUGUUCCUUACACUAGUGGGUCUGAAGUGGGAAACUAUCAGGGUGUAAGAGCUAGUUCACAUCCUCACAUGAGUCGUAGUACUCAAGCCAUGAAUCCUCCUUUUCAACAAAUGGCUAAAUUCUUCCACCACAUGGCUGAAGCGAUGCAUGAUUCCAAUGUGAUUAACUUUGAGAAAAUGAGAAAAAUGGGUGGAGUGGAGUUUGAAGACACCGUUGAUCCCACGGAUGCUGAACAAUGGCUGGAGUGCAUGGAGAGGGUAUUUGAGCAGUUAAACUGUUCAGAUGUUGCCAAAUUUAAAUAUGCUAUUUCAUUAUUACAAAAGGAUGCUUACGAUUGGUGGGUAAGUGUUCCAAAUGCCAAGGUAAAACCUCCUGUUCUUACUUGGGAUGAUUUUCUUAGAGAAUUUCGUAUGAAGUAUGUCCCACCUGCUUAUUGUGAUGCAAAGAGAAAGGAGUUUUUGAAUUUAAGGCAACAAGAUAUGUCUAUUGCUGAGUACCAACAGAAGUUUCUAAGACUCUCUCGUUAUGCUGGAGGUAUUAUUAAAGAAGAAAAAGACAAGUACAAGAAAUUUGAAGAUGCUAGUAGAAAUGAAAACAAAUUCCGGAAGCCUAGACCAGAUUUUGGGGGUCCAUCAAAAAAGGGAAGGCUUGAUAACUCUAAGGCUAGUAGUGAUAACAGGCCACCUCAGCAAAAGCAAAACAUAUCAGAUUUUUCUACAGCUAGCACUCCAACUUAUGGCCAAGGCAAGCCUCGUGUUCCCACUUGUCCGCAAUGUGGAAAGAAUCAUUAUGGUACUUGCAGGAGAGCUUCUGGCUCAGUUCAUAAGUCUUCUAUUAAUCCUCCUCAAACUAAUAGAGGUGCAAGACCUAAAAACACCCAAGCAGCAGGUAAAAGUGGAGCUAAUCAAGCUAGUGGACAAAAGGACUACUGCAUGCGCUUAUGCAAUGAGGCAGAGGGAUGA